UCGAAUUUUUGUGUAGAUUGAAGUGAAUUCAUGGCGGGUGGUGGAGAAGGCAACUCCCUAGAGUUUACACCGACAUGGAUUGUCGCUGCCAUCUGUACCGUUAUCGUCGGGAUCUCUCUAGCUGUCGAACGUCUACUCCAUUACACCGGCAAGAAACUGAAGAAAUCAGGUCAAAAGCCGCUAUUUGAAGCGUUGCAAAAGAUCAAAGAAGAGUUAAUGCUCUUGGGGUUUAUUUCUCUUUUAUUAACCGUUUUCCAAUCAAGAAUUGUCAAGAUUUGUGUAAACCAGAGUUUAAUGGAACACCUUCUUCCAUGCUCGUUGAGUGACAAAAAAAAGGCUUCAUAUCCUAAACCCCUCAAGGGUACGUCUCAUAUUCGUCAUUUACUUGCGGGAGAAGCAACGACUAUGGGUUAUUGUGCUUCAAAGAACAAGGUCCCUCUUCUAUCCCUGGAGGCGUUGCAUCAUCUACACAUAUUUAUUUUUGUCCUAGCUGUUGUGCACGUGACAUUUUCUGUCAUUACUGUUGUAUUUGGAGUGACUAAGAUACGGCAAUGGAAGCAAUGGGAAGAAUCUAUCGCGAAAGAUAACUUUGACGCAUCACAAGUUUUAAAGCAUAAAGUCACACAAGUUAAAGAUAAUGACUUUAUUAGGAACCGUUUUCUGGGUAUCGGCAAACGAUCAACCAUUCGAGGUUGGCUACAUUCUUUCUUCAAGCAAUUCUAUGGAUCUGUCACCAAGUCAGAUUAUGUAGCAUUGCGUUUGGGAUUUAUUACGACCCAUUGCAAGGCAAACCCGAAGUUCAAUUUUCACAAAUACAUGAUCCGAGCGCUAGAAGAUGAUUUUAAAAAAGUGGUUGGAAUCAGCUGGUAUCUUUGGGUGUUCGUGGUCUUAUUCUUGUUUAUGAACGUUAACGGUUUGGAACUAUACUUUUGGUUAUCAUUAAUCCCUUUCUUUCUUCUACUUGCUGUGGGAACAAAGCUGGAGCACAUAAUAAUCCAGUUAGCUCAUGAGGUUGCUGAGAAACAUGUUGCCAUAGAAGGCGAAUUAGUUGUGCAUCCGUCAGAUGAUCAUUUUUGGUUUCAACGCCCCAAAAUCGUUCUUUUCUUCAUCCAUUUUAUCCUCUUUCAAAAUGCAUUUGAGUUCGCAUUCUUCUUCUGGGUUUGGGCUCAAUAUGGCUUUGACUCAUGCAUAAUGGGGAAGGUGAGCUACAUUAUCCCCCGGCUGAUCAUCGGGGUGUUUAUCCAGGUUUUGUGCAGUUACAGCACUCUACCACUCUAUGCUCUUGUGACACAGAUGGGAACACAUUUUAAGAAGUCAAUAUUUGAGGAGCAUAUACAAGCCAAAGUUGUGGGUUGGGCUCAACACGCCAAGAAAAAGACGACCCAUAACGGUGCGACCAAUGACUCGGGCCAAGAUGGCCCAAUUGCCUCCACAUCUGCUUUGAAGGGUAUUCAAAUUGGUUAACUUAAUCAGAACCAACAGCCUUAAAAAUGUAGUGAUUCAUGGAGUAUGAUAUUAUAGUAAUUUCUAAGUUAGGUCAGUCUUGAACCUGGUUUUGCUACGGUGUAAUUAUAGUAAUCCUCAUGUAAAGGAUUAAGCACACUUUGUUUUCUUUUUUGUUCAUCCUUGAAUUUUCUUUUUUUGUUUCAUCUCAUAACUAAAUAA